AUGGCGGAAUUAACGUUAAAUUCAUGUUUAAAUCAACGCAAACAACUUAAAUCGUCAUUAACGAGAUUUCACAAUUACGUCACAAAUUUUGAUCAUACCAAAGAUAUUACUGAAUUAAAGGCUCGUCUUCAACGGGGCGAAUCGCUCUUAACUGAUUUCGAAUUAAAUUUGCGCGAAUUAGGAGGUUUAGAAGUUGAUAAAGAUUAUUCAGAGGAGUUAGAGGAAUUUGAGGACAAAUAUUUUCGAAUCAUUUCCACUGCACGCAACAUUAUUGAAAGCCGUGCCGAAUCAAAUGUUUCUUCUACUGGUAAUUCACAAACGCAUUCUACAUCUCAAUCUAAUAAAUUGAUUAAAUUGCCAACAAUGAAUCUACCGUUAUUUGACGGAAGAUACGAUUGCUGGAUGAAUUUCUAUGAUAUUUUUGAAGCCCUAGUAAACAAAAAUGACACAUUGACAAAUAUUCAACGGUUUUUUUAUUUGAAAUCAUCCUUGAAGGGAGAAGCCGCUCAUUUGUUGAGUUCUUUAGAGGUUACUGAUUCAAACUACGCAAUUGCGUGGGGUUUACUUAAGGAACGAUAUGAAAAUAAAAAGCUUAUUAUUAAUACGCACGUUAAAGGCAUUUUUGAACUACCCCAAAUAGUUAAAGAAUCACACAAGGCAUUACGUUCCCUGAUUGAUAAUUUCAAUAAAAACGUAAGAUCCCUUCAUAAUUUAAAAUUACCCACCGAUCAAUGGGAUGUUUUACUUAUUUAUAUUAUUACGAACAAAUUGGAUAGCAAUACGAAACACGAAUGGGAAAAAUCAUCCGUUAACAACCCCGAGUUACCUACUUUAGAUGAAUUGUUAAAAUUUUUACUCAGCCGAUGUCAAAUUUUAGAAAACUUAAAUGAUAAAAUUCAGCAAGGAAAACCAUAUUUACCAAAGCCGUCAUAUCCCAUGAGUCAUGUAGCAAUUAACAAUACAAUAGCUUCCAGUUGUUAUUAUUGCAAGGAGAAUCAUUACCUGUAUCAAUGUCCGAAUUUCUUAAAAUUGACCAUUCAAAAUCGCUGGAACGAAGUAAAGAGAUUAAAACUAUGCGUCAAUUGUUUCAGAGGUAAUCAUUACAAUAACGAGUGCAAGAGUGCUUCGUGCAAAAAAUGCGAUAGAAAACACAAUACCCUACUUCAUAAUAAUAGUUUCGAGCAACCACGUGAUGAGGGUAACCAAUUGAUUAAGGCAUCCAGUAGUCAUCAAAAAAACAAUAUGGAUACACAAAAUGAAGUGCAAACACAUUUAUCAAUGAUUCCUAGCCCUAUUGAAAAUACAAAACUUGUAGCACACUCCUUUAUAAACGAACCUAACGCUAUUUUAUCUACCGCUCAAAUUCAUAUAUUAGGAGCUAACGGAAAUAUUAUUAAAUGCAGGGCAUUAUUAGACUCUGGAUCGCAAGCAAAUUUUAUCACACAGGAAUUGUUUGAAAAAUUAACACUAAAGGGUUCAAAAAUUGACAUACCAAUAGCGGGAAUUAGUAAAAGUAUUACGCGACUUAGUAAACAAGUGACAACACAGAUACGUUCUAUUUUUAAUGACUUCAAUCAAAAUCUAACAUUUUUGGUAUUAAGAGACAUAACGGGUAACGUACCUAGUAAAGAUAUUGACAUAAGCGAUAUUGAAAUACCGCGUGGAAUCAAUUUAGCAGAUCAAAAUUUUCAUUUGUCGAGUAAAAUUGAUGUUCUAUUAGGUGCAGGAGUAUUUUGGAGCUUAUUGAGUAUUGGUCAAAUAAAAAUUUAUGAUAAGAAUGUAAUUUUCCAAAAAACUAGACUAGGUUGGAUAUUUGGGGGCACGGUAGCUAACUCAAAUCACGACAUUAAAGUCCUUCAUUCCAUGAACAGGGACGUCCAAGAUCAAUUGGAAAGAUUUUGGAAGGUUGAGGAAUGUAGUUAUACACGUAAACUUAGCAAAGAUGAAUUAUAUUGCGAAGAACAUUUUUUGACCAACUUUAAACGUGACGAAUCUGGUAGGUGUGAGGUACGUCUUCCGAUGACGGAGGAGAAUUUUGAUUUUAAAAAUUCUAUUGAUAAUGCAAUUCAUAGAUUAAACUCGUUAGAAAAGCGUUUCAAUCGCGACCCAGAAUUUAAAAGGCAAUAUCAGGCAUUUAUGACGGAAUACGAAUCACUUGGGCACAUGACUGAGAUCACGCCGGUGACUCAACAGGGAUCGAUAUUUUACUUACCUCACCAUGGCGUUCUAAAACAAUCUAGCGUUACGACAAAACUAAGGGUUGUGUUCGACGGUUCUUGUAAAUCGUCAGCAGGCGCGUCAUUAAACGAUAAACUAUUUGGAGGUCCUCACAUUCAGGACGAUUUACUAUCCAUUGUUUUACGAUUUAGGAAACAUAACGUCAUUUUGGUAGCUGAUAUCGCAAAAAUGUAUAGGCAGAUAAACGUUACAAGUGAUCAAAGAGAUAUGCAGAGAAUUAUUUGGCGAAACAAUCCGACAGAACCUUUGCGUCAUUAUAGAUUAAAUACCCUUACGUAUGGUACCAGCCCAGCGUCAUUUUUAGCAACGCGUUGUUUGCGUCAAAUCGGCAUUGAGCAAACGCAACAUUUCCCCGAAGCCAGUCAUGCUAUAACAAAUGAUUUUUACAUGGACGACCUGAUUACAGGUACGUACACGAUAGGUGAUGCCAUUAAACUAAAAAAAGAUAUUAGUGCCAUUUUGCGGGCGGCAGGGUUCGAAUUAAGACAAUGGUCAUCCAAUGAGCGAGCGAUAUUUAAUGAUUCCGAUGUUGAAUCCGAGGUAGAGAACUAUUAUAUCUCCGAUGAUAAAAAUAUAAAAACGUUAGGGCUAAUGUGGGACACAAAAAGUGAUACACUGAUCUAUUCAUUAAAUUUUAAGUACGACGAAAAGAAAAUUACUAAACGAACAAUUUUAUCAGUUAUUUCGAAAAUAUUUGACCCACUAGGUUUAAUCAGUCCAGUUACCAUCAAGGCAAAAUGCAUCUUACAACGUUUAUGGCAAGAACAGUUGAACUGGGAUGAAUCAGUACCAUUAUAUAUUUAUACGGAGUGGAAGCAAGUGAUAUUUAACUUAAAAAACAUCGAGACCAUUUCAUUACCCAGACAGGUAACAAUAAAAAAUUAUAUUUCGUUAGAAUUGCAUGGAUUUUGCGAUGCGUCCGAAGCAGCAUACGGAUGUUGCAUUUAUGUACGCAGUAAAGACGUUUUCGGAAACACGCAGUCAAAUUUAUUAUGUUCAAAAUCCAGGGUUGCCCCUCUUAAAACUUUAACAAUGCCUAGAUUGGAAUUAUGUGGAGCGCUAUUGUUAAGUCAGUUAAUGCAAAAGGUUAUUAUCUCUUUUAAUUCAAAUUUUGAAAACAUUUACUAUUGGUGUGAUUCAACAAUAGCGAUAGCGUGGAUUAGGUCAGAACCCAUAAGGUUUCAGAUUUUUGUAGCCAAUAGGAUAGCAGACAUUCAAAAACUAACUAAACCAACGCAGUGGCGCCAUGUACGUUCGGAAGACAAUCCUGCCGAUUUGGUAUCACGUGGCGUAAGUGCAGAACAUUUAUCAAAAAACAAAUUGUGGUGGGAAGGUCCCAAAUGGUUACACAAUGAUUCAUAUUCAUUAACAGAGGAUACAAUUCAUUUAAUCGAUUUGCCAGAGACUAGAAAGCAACCUUUGGUUGGCUCUCUUAUUGCCACUACGACGAACGAAUUUGAAAUUUUACACAAGUAUUCCUGUAUCCAAAAAUUAAAGCGAGUCAUGGCAUACAUAUUAAGAUUUGUAAAUAAUAUUACUGUAAAUAGAUUAGAUCGAAAAAAGGGAGAAUUAACAUUACUUGAAUUAGAAAUAGCUAUGAGAAAACUUAUAUUGUUAGUACAGUCACAUCAUUUUAAGCUAGAAUUAGAGUCACUACGAUCAUGCAAACCGGUAAGCAAAAACAGUAAAGUAUUGUCAUUAAAUCCAUUUUUGGAUAAAUAUGGUAUAAUACGAGUAGGAGGUAGAUUAUCAAGGUCUUCAUUCAGCGUAGAUCAAAAGCAUCCUAUCAUUUUACCAGCCAAAAGUGAUUUCACAAAUUUAAUAAUAGAUUUUGAACACAAAAACAAUAUGCACAUCGGUGUAGAGGGAACGCUAGGGAUUGUCCGUAGGCAAUUUUGGCCAAUUCAUGGACGUAGCACAACUAGAAGGGUGGUUCACAAAUGCGUUAAAUGUGCUCGAUUCAGAAAGCAAACUUUAUAUCCCAUCAUGGGAGAUUUACCAAGCGAACGGAUUCAUCCUUCAAGGCCAUUUUUAUACACUGCAGUUGACUACGCAGGUCCAUUACUGAUUAAAGAUGGUAAAACAAGAAACAGAAAAAUAUUAAAGGCUUAUUUAUGUGUCUUUGUGUGUUUUUCCACUAAGGCUAUUCACUUAGAACUUGCUGGCGAUCUUUCUACGUCAUCAUUCCUUAAUGCGUUUAAACGAUUUGUUGGUCGAAGAGGCAUUUGCAGUACUCUCUAUUCAGAUAAUGGUACCAAUUUUGUAGGUGCUAACAAAGAACUAAAAAACGUAAUUAAAUUGCUUUCAAAUUCCGAAUUCUCAGAAUAUUUUCGGCAAAAUUCAAUCGAUUGGAAAUUUAUGCCACCUCAUUCGCCUCAUUUUGGAGGAUUGCAUGAAGCGGCAGUGAAAUCAGCAAAGACGAUCAUGAAAAGAGUAAUAGGUAAUUCGCAUCUUACUUACGAACAAUUGGCAACUGUGUUUGUACAAAUCGAGGCAGUCCUUAACUCCCGCCCUAUUACUCCACUAUCCGAAGACCCUAACGACUUAACCGCCCUGACACCUGGCCAUUUUUUGAUUGGAGACGUCUUGAGGUGCGUUCCUCAAGAAGACAACACACACAUUCCCGUGAACAGACUCACCCACUACACAUUAUUAAACCAAAUGUUUCAACAAUUUUGGAGCAGAUGGAAAACCGAGUAUAUUCACACCCUACAAGCGAGAAAGAAAUGGGUCAACGCGACGCCCGACAUCAAGAUUGGUACGAUGGUACUCCUGAAAAAUGCAACAACACCACCUCUACUAUGGCCAUUAGGAUUUAGGAAGAAUAGUGAAACUGCAUCCCGGUCAAGACAACAUUACCCGAGUGGUCACAGUUAA